UGAUGAUGUACGUCAUGACGUAGUAGGCUGCGUCAUAUCUCGCUGCGUGGAGCGAGCCAGGAAGUAGUUCAGUGCCGGAAAAUGUUUACGUUUAGUUUAACCUUCAUUCGCCAUGGAGAAACACAGUACAACAAGGACAAGCUAUUGCAAGGCCAAGGUGUGGACACCGAACUAUCAGACACAGGUGUGCAGCAGGCUGAAGCCGUUGGUCGUUACCUAGCAGACGUCCCAUUUAACCAGGUGUUCGCCAGUAACCUUCAGCGGGCCGUGCAGACCGCUACACUUAUCAUGGCUCACAACACUUGCUCACCUGGCGUGGAGAUGCAGCAGGAGCCUUUGCUAAGAGAAAGGGGUUUCGGGGUCGCCGAAGGUCGCCCCAAAGAGGACAUGAAGAACAUGGCCAACGCUGCUGGUCGGUCGUGCCAAGACUACACGCCUCCAGGAGGGGAGACUCUGGAGCAGGUAAAGCUUCGAUUCCAAAAAUUCCUGAAGCUUCUUUUUGCGAAGAUGCAGGAUGGGCGGGGCUGGGGGUCGCCCACAGCCGCAUCAGAGGACACUCCCGCCGGUUCGACGGAGGUGGUCACGGGGGAGUCAUCUGCCCACGUGCUGGUGGUUAGCCACGGCGCCUACAUCCGCGUGGCCAUGCGUCACUUCCUGGAUGAUCUGAAUUGCUCGCUGCCCGCCGCCUACAAGACGUCUCAGCUGCUGUCUCCGUGUCCAAACACGGGCAUCAGCCGCUUCGUCAUCACUCUCCGCGCGUCCUCGUCCGGGCCCGUCCUACACGCCGCUCGCUGCAUUUUCGCCAACAGGAAGGACCACCUGGAAAAGCUCACGUCUGACGUCUAACAUCAUCAGGGAGCGUUCCAGAUUCUCACAGGGUAAUAAUCGAUCAUCUAUUUAUUGAUCUGUCUCGCUUUAUUGCAAUCAAUGCAACAUGACCUCAUCUGUUGCAGUAGUUUGCAUGUAGUAAAUACUACAAUAAUGAUGAACAAUACUGCCUACGUAAAUAGAAAAAGGAAACAUGAGACAAAAGGUCACUAUAAUACAUCUUUGGAUGUCUCACUCGUCUUUAUUAUCAUCAACUUAUAUAUUUUUUAAUUUUUAAGUAAAAAUGAGCUGAUUCAUGGUGGCUUAUUUGUACCUAUGUUUGUUUUCUUGUACUAACGAGCACAGACAAGAAAAAUACACACAAGGUUUGGGCAUCGUUGAGAACCGGGGCUUACUUUCGGGUUUUCCCAGAAAUGUCCACAUUUUUUAAAGUCAAUUCCUAUUUUCGAUGCUCAGUUUGCCGGCCGGAAGAAAAAGAGGCCCCAACUAAGUCAAUAAUCCUCUAUCGCGGCAAAUGAACUGCAUUUCUUACAAGUAGUAUUAUCACUGGAGGACUGUAAGACCAGGCUCAAAGAGGCUAGGACGAGCAAGAAGGAGCUAAUGGCUAAGCUAGCUGCUAAAGUAACUUGAAUCAAUUGCUUAGUAUAAAGUUUGAGAAGUGAAGAUGGAAGCGCGUCACAGCGGAAAGGAAGCAGAUGUUAGCAGGAAAUGAAUAAACGCUUUAAUGAGGGUCAGAAAGAGCAUAGUAGAACAACUGUUGGUCUCCCCUGUUGCUGUUUAGCAGCCACUGCCAGGCUUUACGUGAAGGGAAGAAGGGUUGAUUCGUAAAUCAGUAUCAGUAUAUGAUCGAUACUAGAGUGAUUAGAUCGAUAUUUUUAUUUACAAGAGUGAUUAGAUCGAUAUUUUUAUUUUCUUCAAAUAUUUUUGUUUACAUUCUCUGGACUGAGAGCAAAAACCAAUGGAUUUAAAAGAGGUAUUUGUAGUUUUUACUUGUGUUUAGUUAUGGUGUACUAUUAAAGGGGAACUGCAAUUUCUUUUGGGACUUUUGCUCAUCAAAUCAAUGUCAAACAAUUCUAAAUCGUACAAUUUGGCGAGCACCAGGUGGCUAACAAUGCAGCUAAUGGGAGCACACUUUUACAACCAUAAAAUCCCUCAAAAAAAUACUCCCAUUUACAUGUUUUGACCUGAAUUUACAAUAUGUUGUUAUUGUAAGUGCUAACGCAGACGGUUUAUUAUUAGUGGCGCAUUGAUCACAGAGAGCUAAAUAGUUUGUGCUGCUAAAGCUGGUGAGCUGCUGUAUCGCCUCUGAUUGGUGAGAGUUAAUUCUAGAUUAUAAAUCAUGCCCCUCACCCGGAUGCGAGAAGGAUGUGGACAUAAACCGACAAGUUGGUCAACUUUGACAUGCAACCUUUUUUUAAAAUUUUUUUAAACCUACGUAAAGAUUAUGAUAAAUCAUUCAUCUAAGCAGAAAGAUAUAAACAUCCCAUGAAUUGGCAUCCCAGUAAGAGCAGACAUUGUACAGUAAGCGAUUGUUUGUAGUUUGUACAUCUUGUUCAGCCCUUAGCAAUAUUUGUUAAAAAGGAACUUCAAAUGUGAUGCGUCUAUGAAAUCAAUACGCAGCUGUAUGCUUAAAAUGAGCAAAACAGGUAAAUAUGACAUGUUAUUAUGAAGGUGUUGUUACUACAGUACAGUAUGUGUACAGUGGGGCCAAAAAGUAUUUAGUCAGCCACCGAUUGUGCAAGUUCUCCCACUUAAAAUGAUGACAGAGGUCUGUAAUUUUCAUCAUAGGUACACUUCAACUGUGAGAGACAGAAUGUGAAGAAAAAAUCCAGGAAUUCACAUUGUAGGAAUUUUAAAGAAUUUAUUUGUAAAUUAUGGUGGAAAAUAAGUAUUUGGUCAACCAUUCAAAGCUCUCACUGGUGGAAGGAGGUUUUGGCUCAAAAUCUCACGAUACAUGGCCCCAUUCAUUCUUUCCUUAACACGGAUCAAUCGUCCUGUCCCCUUAGCAGAAAAACAGCCCCAAAGCAUGAUGUUUCCACCUCCAUGCUUCACAGUAGGUAUGGUGUUCUUGGGAUGCAACUCAGUAUUCUUCUUCCUCCAAACACGACGAGUUGAGUUUAUACCAAAAAGUUCUAUUUUGGUUUCAUCUGACCACAUGACAUUCUCCCAAUCCUCUGCUGUAUCAUCCAUGUAUCCAUUUUGGUAUAAACUCAACUCGUCGUGUUUGGAGGAAGAAGAAUACUGAGUUGCAUCCCAAGAACACCAUACCUACUGUGAAGCUUGGGGGUGGAAACAUCAUGCUUUGGGGCUGUUUUUCUGCUAAGGGGACAGGACGAUUGAUCCGUGUUAAGGAAAGAAUGAAUGGGGCCAUGUAUCGUGAGAUUUUGAGCCAAAACCUCCUUCCAUCAGUGAGAGCUUUGAAUGGUUGACCAAAUACUUAUUUUCCACCACAAUUUACAAAUAAAUUCUUUAAAAUUCCUACAAUGUAAAUUCCUGGAUUUUUUUUUCCACAUUCUGUCUCUCACAGUUGAAGUGUACCUAUGAUGAAAAUUACAGACCUCUGUCAUCAUUUGAAGUGGGAGAACUUGCACAAUCGGUGGCUGACUAAAUACCUUUUUGCCCCACUGUAUAUAAAACGACGAUGGAGGCUUUUGGAUGUUUGUUUUUUGUUUAAAGCACUCUAUAGACUGAAUAGAGCGACUCCUAUCGGGUGCAUUGUUAGCUGACUUUUGCUAAAGUGUCUUUACAAUUUAGAAUGCAUAAAACAGACAGACAUACAGUAUGUCCUACAUAAGGAUUGUGCUUGACAGGCAAACUUGCAAAAAAACUUUUGUUUUGCUCAAACAAUUUAAUGUGAAAAAAAAACAAGGUUCUAGUUCAAAUGUUUAGGAGUUCUUUUUUUUGGAUGUAGCGUGGAGAGAUGGUGCUUGUCACAGGGACGUGGGAUGUCGUAAAUCAGGACGUAUUUAGGCAUGAAGGAGGUAGGAGAGAGGAAGGAAGGGACUUGCCAUACUUUGGUUGAUGGCCUUAUUGUACUGUACACUUUAACUGUUUAUAAAAUCUCCACAAUUACCCAUGCACAUCACACUUCAGGUGUGAGUAUUACUAGAAGUACUCACUAUACCUACCUGGCGAGUACUACCAUACUGCUGUGUACAUGCAUCUGAAGAACACUCACUUGAACGCAGCAUGUUUUUGUGUUUACCUUUCUGAGUUUAUUUUUGCUCCAACACUCAUUCCUUAUAUACUGUAUGUAUAAAUAGCAUAAAUAAAGAAUGUAUUUAAAUAAAUAAAUACUCUUCAUUAAAUGGCAAA